GAAAUCAAAUCGAAGCAAAACCGUUACAAAAGAAAGCGACACAGGCAGUGACGACGACGAUGAAGAUGAAUAUAAAAAGGGGGAAGACGUUUGACGCUCAAGGCAAAGCGAACAAUCUCCUUAAACUACGCCGUAUUGACGCUCUGUUUUCGCUCUUCUACGAUGACUUCGCAUUUCUGAUUUGCUUUCGCUAAUCUCGAAAAUUUCCCCGCUUUGCCGAUUUUGUUUUGUUCUUAUUUGUUGAUCGUUUCAAUACGAUACCGACUGAUUCACCAACCUGCAAGGUACUCUGUUCUCUGUUUUUUCUUCGUUCAGCAGUGGAUUGGAUUGAUGUGCAAUGCAAAGGUCACGUAGAGCUCUUCUGCAAAGAAGAGCUUUGGGGUUCGGCGGAAGGAGCCGCUUGUAUAAGGUGUCUCUGUCUUUAGUUUUUGUCUUGUGGGGGCUUGUCUUUCUUUUCAGCUUAUGGUUCAGUCGUGGAGAUGGAUACAGAGUCUCUUCUUUGUGUUAGAUGGAUCCACUGUAUCUCCAGUUGGUAUAUCAACUUGGGACAAAGCUAAGCUGGACCGGGAUGAACACUCUGAUUCUGUAGAUAUACAAAAAGAAACUGAUUUGGUCUACUAUUCUGGUGGUGCGUGCGCAAAUGGUGUUGAAACCAGUGGUUUAAAUGGUGAAUUCUUUGCUAGUGAAGGAAGUAGACAUUGUGCCUCAGCUGAAGGAAAUAUAUUUUUUGACUCAGCUGUUAGUGAGCAACCUGAGGUGGUGAGCUCUGGUUCAGGUGUGAAACUUGAAAAUGAUGCUCCAAAGAAUGGCCGCCUACCUCGUGCUGUGCCACUUGGUCUUGAUGAGUUCAAGAGCAAAACAUUUAAUUCCAAAACUAAAUCUGGAAAUGGUGAGGCUGGAGGCAUAAAACACAGAGUGGAGCCUGGUGGUGCUGAAUACAAUUAUGCUUCAGCUGCAAAGGGAGCCAAGGUCUUGGCUUUUAACAAGGAAGCUAAAGGUGCCUCUAAUAUCUUAGGCAGGGAUAAGGACAAGUACCUUCGCAAUCCAUGUUCUGCAGAAGGAAAAUUUGUCGAUAUAGAGCUUUCAGAAGAAACGUUAGUAGAUACAAUUCAAAUAGCUAAUCAUGAGCACUAUUCUUCUAAUUUAAAGGCUUUUGAGCUGCUUGGCAGUUUGGUCUAUCCAACAGAUGAAUGGGUUCUACUUGGGAAUUUCACUGCUGCAAAUAAUAAGCUUGCACAAAGGUUUGAUCUUCAGGAACCGAAGUGGGUGAGAUAUAUAAAGUUGAAUCUUUUGAGCCAUCAUGGUUCAGAAUUCUAUUGCACACUCAGUGUUGUUGAAAUUUAUGGAGUGGAUGCUGUUGAGCGAAUGCUUGAGGAUUUGAUUUCUGUUGAAAACAGUCCGUUUGUGUCUGAGGGAGCAACUGUUGACCAGAAACCUACGUCCUCCAACCCAGACUCCCCUGAGGUUGAUGAAUUUUAUCAUAAUAUUGUUAAAGAAUUGGAACCUGAAUAUGCAGUUGGACACUCUGACCUGAACAAUGAAAUAAUGAAAAGUGAAGUGCCUGAUCCUAUCAAAGAGGUUCGCCAUCUACAAGUUAACAGGAUGCCUGGGGACACCGUUCUUAAAAUACUAAUGCAGAAAGUUCGUUCCUUGGAUUUUAGUUUAUCAGUUCUGGAGCGAUACCUGGAGGAAUCUAAUUCAAGAUAUGGCAGUAUUUUCAGAGAAUUCGACAAAGAUUUGGGAGAAAAAGAUUUAGAUGUACAGAAGAUCAGAGAAGACAUAAGGAAUCUCCUUGAAAGCCAGGAAAUCAUUGCUAAAGAUGUUCGCAACCUUAUAUCUUGGCAGUCCCUAGUCUCCAUGCAAUUGGGUAAUUUAGUCAGGGACAAUGCUAUCCUCAGAUCUGAGGUUGAAAAGGUGAGGGAGAAGCAGCAAUCUGUAGAUAAUAAGGGUAUCAUAAUAUUUCUUGUAUGUUUAAUUUUUUCAUUGUUAGCUCUUGUGAAGCUUUUCAUAGAUAUGGCGGUUAGUGUUUAUAUGGCAUUUAGUGUUCAUAGAACAGACCAGUCCAGGAAAUUUUGUCGGUUGAGCCCUUCCUGGCUCUUUUUACUUGUGAGCUGUAUCCUUGUCCUAUUUAUAUCAUCAUUAUAAUCUUUGCAGCAACUCUUUAUUUUU